GAAAUGCAAACAACUUUACUGUUUUACCACAACUUUACUUGUAUUUAGGAGACCUUACCACUUAUAGCAAAAGUUGUGAAAAAUUCGAAAAAGUCAAAAUAUUACACAAAAGUUUCGCAGCACAACAAUUAAAAUUACUUACUUUCAAAUUUACGUUAUUAAACACUCGUCGUUUAAAAGCAAUCAUGAAAAGCAAUAGCCUCAUGAUUUAUUAAUAAAAUUGAAUAAUGCAGCAACAUAAAAAUAUUAAUUUAUAAAAAUAAAAUAAAAAUUACAAAAGAAUUUUCACUAAAUGGUCAAAAGAAUAUGUGAUGCAUUGUUAAUUCCAGUUGAAUAUUCGCGAAAAAAAUAUUUUAUUUUUUAAAUUCCAACGAUCAAUAAUUUUCGGCAAAUAAAUAAACAAACUGAAGCUUCAAAAUGUCCAGUGCAAACUACGAAUUCGACAUUAAAUAUGGUAUAUUGAAUUCAAGAACCCCAAGGCAUUCGCUAAUUUCAGCCCGGUACAAGCAAAGUUUUGCCUACUUCGUAUUGCGCUACAGACUUCCACAUAAUUUAGCAGAAAUAAUCCUUACUUUAUCAGAAAAUUUGGAUAUUUUAGUGUCACAAUACGGCGAGGUACGAAAAGCCAUAUUUGACAGAACUCAAGAAUCUCGAGGGGACUUUGGGAAGGUAAUAUAUAGAAUAAGUCAACUAAAAUACCGAUUGCAACAUGAUGGACCCUUUCAUCAGUUUUCCGGAGCUGAGCCAGAUAAAGACUUUUGGAACAACUUUCUGUUAAAUCUUGAGGACGGACAAAAUACUUUCUUCAGUACAUGCUUUCUUUAUGCCGAAUGUUAUGUUUUUCGCCGUUUGAUAUGCUAUUUGGAAAACACCCAAACUUUAAAAACAUUCGAUUACUACGUUAUGAAAAAACAUAAAUCUCUAAUAGCAUUUUUAUCGACAAUAGAAAUUAUACUGUUUGGAAUACGUACCGUGCAGUCUUCUGAUGAUGUAUUACGGUUCCUUUUAAGGCUUAACCUUUGGGGUAAUCAGUGUGAUAUAUCUGCUGACACAGAAAAAUACAAUGUAAAACGUAAAGGACCAUUCGAGCACUUAAGAGCUUAUGAGAAGAAUAUAAUAAUUGAUAGUACGACAUCGGUUAUCAAUUCUUUUAAAUUGGCGGAUCACACUAAACCCGUACAAGUAGAUUUCAUUUGCGACAACGCUGGUUACGAGUUGGUUGUUGACUUUAUACUGGCUCAUUAUUUGCUGGAAUCGAAACUGGUAGACAAAGUCCGUUUUCACAUGAAGGCAGUUCCUUGGUUUGUAACAGAUGCAACAAUCACAGAUUUUCAUUGGACUCUUCAACAAUUAAAAAAACAAGCUGGACGUUGCACACAGGAAUAUGCCAGGAUAUGGCUCCAAAACUUGAAUGAGGGUAAAUUUGAGGUUGCGGAGGCUGAUUAUUUUUGGACAAGUCCAUAUGAAUUUUACAGAAUGCGCGAUGUGCGUCCAGAUUUGUACGAACAGCUUACUCAAGCUCAUAUGAUUAUUAUUAAAGGUGACUGUAACUACAGAAAACUAAUAGGGGAUUUCCGUUGGGAUGCCUCAGAGCCGUUCAUAACUUGUUUAAGGGGUUUUCAGCCAGCUAAUAUAUGUAGUUUACGAAUUGUAAAAACUGAAAUUAUUUGUGGUAUGAGUCCAGGAAAAAAUGAAGACUUGGUAAAAAAGAACAAAGAUUGGAUGAUUAGUGGUGAAUAUGGUACAAUACAGUUUAUAGAAAAAAACUACUGUGGUUGUCCAAUUACCACACCAAACUCUAUAGAACACAGUAUAAUGAACUAAUAUUUGACACUUGGGCAACAAUAUAAUCAUAUUUUUCAAGAAGUAUUUGAUCUUGUGUGACCCUAAUACAUAUGCCUAGAAGUCAAGAAAAACAAAAUUGUAGCAAUGUAUAAAUAGUUAAUAAUCUCUAAUAAAUAAAUUCUGCUCCACAACUGCCCACCCGUAA